AAAAAAGCUCAUAUUAAUCAAAUCACCUCAAAAUAAAAAUAAAAAAAGUCGCUAAUUCUAACUAACACUUUCUGCAUAAACCAGCACACACCAAAGCUCAGAAGCAAAGAGAAAUUAAAUGGGGAGAUCACCUUGUUGUGACAAAAAUGGGCUCAAGAAAGGCCCGUGGACAGCCGAAGAAGAUGCUAAGCUCAUUCAGUAUAUUAAUGCGCACGGCCCCGGAAAUUGGAGAACCCUUCCCAAAAAUGCCGGGCUUGAAAGAUGCGGUAAGAGUUGCAGGCUUCGAUGGACGAACUAUCUGAGGCCCGAUAUCAAGAGAGGAAGAUUCUCUUUUGAGGAGGAGGAAACCAUCAUUCAACUCCAUAGUGUUCUUGGCAACAAAUGGUCGGCAAUCGCGGCACGUCUUCCCGGAAGAACCGAUAACGAGAUCAAAAACUAUUGGAACACUAACAUCCGAAAACGGCUCCUCAAAAUGGGUAUUGACCCGGUUACCCACGCCCCACGACUCGACCUAUCCUCACUCCUUAAUUCCUCCCCUCAAGCACUCAACCUAUCGAACCUCCUCCGAAUCCAGACCCUUCUGAACCCGGAGGCCCUAAGGCUAGCCAUGAUGAGCCUCCUCAUGUACCCACAAAACGAGGCCCAUCAACAGCAACUCCAAGCCCAACAACACCCGGGCCCACUCCUCCAACCUAACCCGUUUGAAAAAAACUUUAUCACCAACAGUACCCAACAAACCUCCCCUUUUCUUAAUAAUACGUCUGCCCAGCCCAUGCAAGGGCUUCCCAUGGGCCCCACCGACCCGAUGACCAGCGGUCAAAUAUUAAGCGACCAGAGUCUCCCGACUAAUUACGACCUGUCGGGUUUUUCUUUCUCGGAAAUGGUAGGGGCAGAAUUGUCCGAGUCAUUGAACACGAGCAGAAGCAGUGAUCAAGUGGGCCCACCGAGUUUGGGGUUAGACUCGGUUUUGUCGACUCCGGACACGUGUAGCCCGGUUGUUGGGCUGAAUUCGAGCUCGGGAUUUGUCAAUAUUGACGGCGUGGAAGAUGAGAGGGAGAGUUUUUGCAGUAGCCUGUUGAGGUUUGAGAUACCGGAAGGUUUGGAUUUUGAUGAGCUUAUAGUGUGAGAUUUG